AAGUUUGCGGGAGAGGCUGGAGAAGCUGGAGUGGAAAGUUUUUCAUACCCGUGGAUUCAAGAGAACAUUUCAAAGUAGACUCAAACAAUGGAUUUGUUCCUGGAAUGCUCAAACACCUUUUGUUUGGGUUCAUGUGCAUGCUUAUUAUAAUAAGCAUAAAUUGUACGGAGGAUAUGGAGUUAUUUUACGGGAUUCCGAUGCAAAGCCAAUCACUGCUUCAGCCAACUUCUCAGUGGUUGGAAAAUCUUUUUACACUCAACUGCUGAUGGGUGUAAUGGCUGGUGUUACACUUGUUAAGAAUCUCAGGCUUCCUAAACUUCGUGUGGUGUGCAAUUCAAUUAAAAUUCCACAUGUCAUUGAUAAAAUUUGGGACUGCAAGGAUAUUGCUUGCCGUGAAAACAAAGAAUAUACAUAUAAUUGCAAAUGGUGUUGGAGGUCUUACUUUGUGUUUCAGGGUGCUGAUAGGGAUUUGGUGCCUCAUGCACGGGAUAUUAAAGCUCAGAUACGUGAAGGCCUAGAGCUACUAGAAUUGACAGGAUAUCUUGGGUAUUUGAAUAAAGCGGCGUAUUAUCUAGCAAAAAUGGGAAAAAAGAAUAGAGCUAAAGUUGAGAACCAGGAAGAAAGGAUUGCCUCUAGUGAUGAGGGAACUGGUGAGAUUAAACCAUGUGAUUUUCCGCAAGAGCUAAAACAGAUUCUUUGGAGAGAUGCCGAAGGUGUGUUUCGUACCAUGCACUACAGACGUGAGCCCUUGGUAACGCAGGUUGCUGCAGAGAAGCAGAAGGAAUGGGCAUCCUCCAGCCAGAGGACUGAAGCAAAAGGAAUCUGCAGAGAAGCAGAAGGAAUGGGAAUCCUCCAGCCUGAGAAUUAUUCUUAAGCAAAAGGAAUGGCCAGAGAAUUAUUCUGCGCAGGCGGCUUACGAAUGAGACUGGAAUGACUGAAGAUGGACUCUCAUCAAAUCAUUAUAAACUUCCUGGUAAAGCAGGCGGAGCAAAAUCUUGAAGUCUUUGAAGUCUCUACUUUAAUACUACUAGAAUUUCUAAUUAUCUAGCUUUAAAUCUUGCUUCUAUUAGCUGUUACCUGAAUGUCCCAAAACCCUGGCUUGGAAAUCAAUUGCAAAGCCUUAUGGCAGAGAUAUCCGGACUUUUAUUAUUUUAUUAUUCUGAGAACCUUCCGAGGAAAACAACAAACUAUUCAGGCCUGGGUCUAUGGGUUUCACAACCCAACCUCCUGUUGCUCCUUCCGGGGGUUGCAUUUCCCUGUUUUAUCUAUAAAUAAAUGUAUUUAUCAUUUA